AUGGUCUCAAAACCUCUUCACUAUGUCUCUUUGGCAGUUUUGGAUUGGGCGACAACAGCCGAAUCCUUGGAGUUGUUGUUCUCUGGCCCUGGAGUGUCUGCCACCUACAGAAACAUUUGGCCUGGAUGGUACAACGUCGGUGGAUAUGUCCUGAACGACGCUGGGGUGAUGCUUUCCGGAUACGACAGUAAACGAGAAGCCUAUGACUUAGCUCCCCUCGUGGGCGUCCGUUUCGAGGACACUGCAGGUGGCUUCCUGGAGUUUGAGUUGCUGGGCGACUUCCGGAACAGGAGCUUGCUGAGCAUUGUCACCCACUGCAUGGGCUCGGACCGGGAAAAUGACGGUUCUAUAGCUUGGCAGAUGGGUCACUGCGCUGCUGGAAGAUUGACCAGCACCUUUGGCAUCCCCCGGCCUGCGCAGCAUCUGUUGAUAGGCUUUGCUGGGCCCUUUCGGGAAGGACGGAAUUGGGUGCUGUUUCGGCUUCAAGACCAUCCAGUGCACAGCGAGUUUACCUAUGCCUUUGGCACCCAAAACAAGACCAAUCCAGGCUUUGCCGGCCGUGUGUAUAUUCAUGGUGUGCAGCUCGCUGUCGAGAGCUUGGGCAUGUGGAAAUCGGUGUCGCGGCCCUGUGCCAUUGAUGCUCAGGGCUGUAUCACCAGCCACAACUUUCCCAGGUUCUAUGGCUCUCAGGAGCAUUGCAGCUUAGAGAUCGAAGAGCACAUUACUGGCCCCUUGCUGGUCACCGACUUUGAGACGGAGGAGAACCACGAUGUUCUCACCGUCAACGGCAAGGCCUAUAGUGGCUCCCAGGGUCCACAGGGCAUCAUUCCGCAUGGGCAGAUCAUUUGGAGGUCAGAUCACUCCAUCUCCAAGCGUGGUUGGCGGCUCUGCCCUCCUGAGCUACCCGCCUUGCCUCCAGCAACGGUGGCAACCUCGCAUCAUGUGACCAAGGAGCAUCCACCUGAUGUUUUGGUGGCGUUGCCCAUGGUCCUCUUGGCAGCGAUCUGCUUGAUCUGCUACUGCGCGCCGACUUAUCGCAAAGCUUUUCGGAGAUUUGCCAAGCCUUCUGCUCGGGUUCGAAAUGAUAUAGACCAGGACAGCAAUGUCUGUGGUGGCUUGGAGGUCUGCGAUGAGGAGGAGGUACCUCCAGUGGAAGAAAUCGCCGCUGUGCGGGAAGGUCUUUUGGAUAGGCUGUUGCCAAAUCGCAGAGUUCUCGGUGUCACGGGUGUCACGUUAGAAAAUCGUGCAGCAGUUGGUGUCAAGAAGGUGAAGCAAAGCCAACGAGAAUUGGAAUCAACCAUUUUGAGGCGCUGUGCUGCGGGACGAGACCGCUUGGAUAAGAGGGUGGCUGCUGGAGUAAAGAUUGUCAAAGUGAAGUCUGGCGAGGACUUUCCAAGUUGGACACGGCGUGAAGGGAAUCGGGCAACGAAGAGAGGCUCAGCCGAAUGGUAUAUCCCUCCCAAGGCAGACUUCUCAAGACGGAUGCUGUUUUUGCACGGUGGGAGCUAUGUGGUCUACGCCCCCUGCGAUGCGGUGUACCGCUCUCUGGCUUCCAGGCUGGCGCUGCAGUGUGGUCUUUGCGUUUUGUCCAUCGACUAUCGACUGGCGCCUGAGCACCGUUUUCCAGCUGCCUUUGAGGACUGCUUCAGGGAGAGGAACUGCAGAUCUGGAUCAACAUACAUAUUCCUUUACUCUUUCGGGAAGUUCAAAGUGCUUCAUCGAAUAGCCAUGGCGCUGAAAUUGGCGUGGUCCAUGGCUCUUUUGGGUGCUUCAUUGGCCACUGAUGGUGAGUUCAUGGCCAGUGAUGAUGAGUGCGGUGCCGAAAGCGCCGAAGCUUGCACCCUGAAUGCCUUGCAACUGAGACGUCAGCAAGUGCAGCAGGAAGAGGGCUGCCAUGAUAUCAAAGAAGGUGAGGGUGGUCCCUGUUGGGAAGCCAUCAUGUGGAUCAAAAAUGUUGGCUUGCCCAAGCACGCCAACUGGUAUCCAGAUAUGACCGAGGACUCUCCUUUGGGCGCCUUCCAAUUUGCCUCCUGGAACACCACACAUCCCAAGUGUCCUAGGCCCUGUAACGUGCCUGCACCCGGCAGCUGGUGUCGCAAUGCAGCUCCACCCACCUUAUGGCGCGCGGCAGCUGCUGGACCCAGCAUCAACAUCAAGGUGUUGUCCUACAACCUCUUCUGGUGGCAUUUGUUCAAGGUGGAGGGCGGCCGGGGUGGCAGCGCCGGACAUUUGAUCCGAAGCACCAGUCAGCCCCCUUAUGAUGUCAUGGGCUUCCAGGAAUGUGAGGAUCCUGAGAAGGUGCUGGGUCCUGCAGGACUUUUGCAGGAAUACGAGAUGUUCCAAGGAACCCAUGCUAUUUGCAUGGCCUAUCGAAAGGACACCUGGCAGCUCUUGGUCAAAGGUGAGACGGAUGUCGCGGAGGAUAUGCGCACCGAGUAUUACGGCACGCGUGGGACGCAAUGGAUGCGCCUGCAGCACAAGGCUAGUGGGCGACACCUGUUUUUUGUGAAUCACCAUGGACCUUUGUCCGUGAACUCUGGUGGUCUCUGUGGCGGCCAAUCCACGGCCUUCAACAUCCUGAAUAUCAUGGCAAAAAAUGCCCAGGUAGGCGAUGUGCUGAUGUUGGUGGGAGAUUUUAAUGCCAACGCAGCCUCAAGAACACUUCAGUCUUUGUGGGGUCAUCUUGAUGCGGUCUACAAUUCCAAGUCCUUUGGAGGCGUGGACAAUAUCCUUGCGAACGUUGGCAAGAGCGAUGUCUUGCUGGGCGAGGAGAUUGGCUCAGGAGGCAGCGACCACCAAGCGAUCUCGGCCAUCAUCAGCGUGGGAGACGAGGCAUCUUCCUCAGGAAAAAAGGCGAAGUCCUUGCAUGUGCCCUGUCAGAGCGCACCACAGGGAUCCAGCUGUUGGAACGAAGUUCAGUGGGCCAUGACCAAUGGCAUCCAACAGCAUCCGGAGUGGUAUCCAGGUCUCAACGCCAACAGUCCCCGAGAACAGUUUCAAGAGGUUGUGCAUCAGAACAGCCCCGGGAAGUGCCCCUUACCUUGUGGUGUCUUGGGUGCCAACCUGGGUUCUGGUGCUGGUCUGGGCGCUAGCUUCUCCGUCUCGGUGUUGAACGAUGCCAAGGGCUCGGACGGAUGUCUUUUGGAACCUCAAACAGAAUACGAGGUAGAUGGUUGGAGCGAGGUGAAGAAAGGCGUCUCCGAUCCCCGCGUUUGUUGCCAGCUGUGCCAAAACCACGGUGGUUGCAAGGCAUGGCUCUGGUCGGAAUGGUCGACGGAGGCCCAUGGCAUGGCAUGCAUCCUGAAGGGCGGACAGGUCAAGAGCAAACGCUUCAAAGACGGCAGCGUGAGCGGUUUGCCCAAGACUGAGGCCAUCAAGGAGGCUGAGAUGGCCAUGACCAAGACGGAAGCCAUGCAGAACUGGUCUGAAAAAACCAGGUGAAACCUUGACAUUUUCGCGAAUGGCCAUGGUGGGGAACGAAAUUGGCGAACAAAGUGCUGCUGUGACGACAAAAUCCGGCCCUUGCACAAAGUGGUGGGGGCUUGGUUUAAUUUGACAGUCGAAAAG